AUGCUCCUCAAUGCCAACAUCGCCCUCUCAUCUUCAAAAGCCCUGCUAGUCCCGUACUCAUCAUGGCACGUACCGCAGUACCACGAAUGGAUGAAAGACCCAGAAAUCCAAGAAGCAACAGCCUCAGAGCCCCUAACCCUAGAAGAAGAAUACAACAUGCAACUCAGCUGGCGAACAGACGCAGAUAAACUAACCUUUAUCGUCUGCCGACCAACAGAGGAAGAGCCCAGCCAACACCAACUCCAACGAGAAAGUGAUGGCCCACCAAACAUGGUGGGCGACAUAAACCUCUUCCUACGCAUUGAUGAUGGCGAACAGGGCGACUCGCCGCCAAAAAUACUGGGAGAGAUCGAGCUCAUGAUCGCCGAAAAGAACAACCGGCGCCGUGGGUUUGGGCGCGCCGCGUUACUUAUGUUUAUGCGGUAUAUUGUUCAGUAUCAGGGGGCUAUUUUGGAAGAGUUUGUUGGUGGGGGUGGGGUUGAUGUUGAGACUGUAAGGAAAUUGAGGACUGGGGUUGAGGUUGAGGCGAAUGAGACGGAGACUGCGACGGCUUCGACGUUGGAGUUUGAUUAUUUGAGUGUUAAGAUUGGGAAGGAUAAUGUACGAAGUUUGGCGUUGUUUGAGGGCUUGGAUUUUGUGAAGUCGUCUGAGCCGAACUUUUUUAAUGAGGUGGAACUGAGGAGGAGCGAUUUGAGCCUUGGUAGUAUUGAUGCUACUCUUAGGAAGGCUGGUGUUAGAGGAUUUGUUGCUUUGUCUUAUGAGCGUACGUACUGA